AACCCCCUCCCCCCACCCCCAACCCUAUCUCUUUGCUCCCUGUUCCUUUCCAAAUCUUUUGAAGAGCUUAUUAUUUAUAAGCUCCUGCGUAGGAUUUGCUGCCACCUCCACAUCGCUAUUUGUUCCUCUUGCGAUCAGGACCGAUGGGAGGCUGUGCUAGCAAACCCAAGGACGUGAAUUUCAGUCGGGAGCCGCUGCCGGUUGAUAAUUCAACCAGCGGUGAACCCACUUUGAAGGGUGUCCAAGGCGAGGCAGCUGCACAUGAGAACAAUAAUGGAGGCGAGGGUCAAAAGGAGGAAGAACCAUUGGUGGAUCUUUCGGAGCCAAAUCCAGAGGCCCCCAAAUCAGAUAAAGAUGCUCCUGAAUCGAAUACUGCUAUCACAGACCUAGUUUCUGGAAUUGGGGAGGCAUCAGAUGUGAACCAUGAGGUUGCCAAGGAAACUGAGGACAUUGUUGGGUCUGGGGCUGGUAACAGUACCACGGAGCAAACGAAGGAUGAUGAUGGGCCAGAAGUGGCUGCAGGGCCUGCGGGGCAAAUAGCUAUUGAGUCACACAAAUCAGAUGAUGCCGGCCAGGAGCAAUUGACAACACCUGAAACCCCUGACAAGAAAGAUUGACUCGCCUCUCUUGUCUCUCAUUAAAAGCCCCAAAUGAUCAAGAAAUUUGCAUAUAGAUGGGCAUACUCCUGUACUCAUAAUGGUUCUGAAUGGUUCACAUAUUUUAAGGCUCGUGUAGAAAGAACCACACAUGAAAAAAAUUUCAACUUUAUCUAUCAUAUAUAUAUAUAUAUGGUGAUCUGUAUUGGUGUAUUCUAAUUGAUCUGUUUCACAGGUAAUGAUCGCUCUUAUUUCAUGGGUUUGAUAGUUA